ACCGGUGACGCCAGCAAACAACCGUUGGGGCAAAUGCGCCAUUUUGGCUCAAACAGUCGGAAUUUACUUUCUUUGCAAUUGAAUAUUUUUUCGGCAUGCUGCGAACAUCGCUUAAUCUUUUUGUUAAUGGUUGGGAUGAGAUCAUGUUUCACCACAUUCUGUAUUUGGUGUUUUGUUUCCUAUGAGAACAAGUGUAAUGUUCUGGUAGCAUUAGCCUCACCAAGCUACAUGCUAGUUAGCUGUGUCGUUCGACUGCAUUGCCAACAACACUGGCUGAUGGUUAGCUUGCUAGCUAUAUUUAGCGGUUUUGACUUGUUAGCUCGCUAGAUAUGGGUGGGUGCUCCGCUCCAAAUUGCUCAAACUCAACAACAAUUGGGAAGCAACUGUUUCGUUUUCCAAAAGAGCCUAUACGUAAGAAGAAAUGGCUUGUAAACUGCAGGCGUAAUUUUUUACCAACUCCACAUUCCAGACUGUGUCAGGACCAUUUUGAGCUGAGUCAGUUUGAAGAAAUCGCCAGGUCGCCAGCAGGGGGACAGAAGCUGAAACCAAAUGCCGUCCCCACUCUUUUCAAUGUGCAAGAUCCACCUUAUCCCGUAACCCCACAGAUAGUGCUACCACUCAAGCCAGAGCCAGUGGAGAGGGAUCUCAAUGUGGGGGAUCAUGGCUACGCACGACGGCAAACAACUCUGGGCAGGGAGGAAUAUGAUGCUGAUGAACUGCACAAGGCAGAGGAACGUCCCUGCAUCCAUUGUCAACAUUACAGAACACUGCUGGAACAAGAAAUGCAACACACAGCCAGAUUACAGAAAGAGGUAGAGGAAAUGAAAAAGCGGAUGUUUAGACUGGACAGAAUAGAGAGGGGCCUCCAGACAUUUCUGUAUGAAGACCAGAUCCGCGCCCUGACACUGACCAAGCGUUCCCGGAGAGCUGUGUGGUCCCACGAGACAGUGCUGAAGGCCCGUAAGAUCCGAUGUGCGGUCGGUGGCAAGGGUUAUGAAUUCCUCCGGGAGUUAGGCUACCCCCUGCCAUCUUAUAGAACUUUAUGCAACCGCCUGGAUAACAAAAUCAUGGUGACGACAGCCAUGGGGUGUGAUGAGCUGGCAGAGCUAGGUCUAGGAAUCAUAUCCACAUGUGAUAGUCCAGAGGGAGAUGGGGGCGAUGAGGCUUUCGUUGGAGUGAUCUCAUGAAAGAGAGAUUUUACAUUUAUUUAUUUAUUUCAAUGUGUUUCAUUUUGAAAGAAUGCAAUGCAAAAUUACAGGACAAUAGAGCAAAGACUGACUGUUUGACAGCUAGUAGGCCUAUGUGGUGGAGAAAAUGUGGAAGCGUAUGCACAAUGGGAGGUGUGUGUUAAUGCAGGGGUGUCAAACAUACAGCCCGGGGGGUUUGAGGAAAAAUAAGUAUAUAUUUUUAAAAUAGUUGGGGGGAACAAACUACAUAUACUUUAAAAUGACUAAAACCAAUUUUAAAUUAUUAUAAAGGACCUUUACAUUCAUACAGUUUUAUGACUGUCUAGCUCGCUAAUAAAAAACAAACAAAUUAAAGCUAGAUAGUCAGGGAGCAUUGAAAAUUCCAAAAAUGAUGGAUUGAGGGCAAUGUUAGCAAAUUUUGACGCUCAAAUCUCAAAUUUUCAGUGCGGCCCACCAGGCCAUGAUGAAGACCGGAUGUGGCUCCCAGGACAAAAUGAGAAACCAAGUCCAAAACCAAGAACACGUUUUGAAGGGACACUUCAGGACACAAGGACGAACUUAUGGAUACCAUUUGUAUAUCUGACUCUGUGGAAGUAGAUAAAGGGCCUCAUUGCUUUAAAGGGGUACUUCAGGAUUUUGACAUUCUUGGUUUUGGACUUGGUUUCACAAGUGGUUUUCAGAAUGGUUUACUUCUGCUAAAGAAUUAGGUGUUUAUUUUGGGUAGGAAACAUAACCUCCAUCAAAACAAUAAAGAGCAGCAGUCAUCUGCCCCCCCCCCCCCCCCAUUGUCACUUAUGUUAAGUGGACAAAUUGGAGGAGUAGGUUGUAUUUUGUCAUGGGAAUCAGUUUAGCUGCAUUUGGAAAGUGCAGUGCAGUGUACAGCCUUUGGAGAACUGUGGGGCCUGCAUUGUAUACUGGCUGCGUCCCCUGAACUCAGGCUGAAUAACCUGAGGCGUAUUUUGUUACAAUCACUAAUGGGAUAUUUGCUAGAAAGCAGAACCUCUUGGUGGGAGGAGGUUUGUAGACGACUCUGAUUGAUCAAAACAACGGUACUGAAGAAGAGGAAUAAAUACAUAUUUUAAGUAGGCUGCUUGUGGCUUUAAUUUUUUGGGGUGUUGAAGUAUUCACAUUUAUCACUCCAAUAAAGGGUGAAACAUUAUUUUGCACAGGAGACAAUACCUUACUCAUAGUACUGUGAUGACUAGAUUCUAUUAAACUGAUUCAUGUUACAGGAACUACAGUGCAUUUGGAAAGUAUUCAGACUCCUUAACUUUUUACACAUUUUGUUACGUUACAGCCUUGUUCUGAAAUGGAUAAAAUAUACAAUUUUCCUCAUCAAUACCCCAUAAUGACAAAGCGAAAACAGGUUUUUAGAAAUGUUUGCUAAUCUAUAAAAAAAAUAAUCAAAAUACCUUAUUUACAAGUAUUCCGACCCUUUGCUAUGAGACUUGAAAGCUUAAAAACAGCAGUGUAACACUAUCGGUUAGUUGUGUCGCGCAGAAGAGAGCCUCAACUAGGUCAGUCCAGUUAUGUCAUUCAGUCGUUUAUUUUAAUUGCAUACUGUACUUAGCAGAGACUAUAGCUAUUUUCCUUGCUAGAGAUGCAUUUUAAGAUUUGCAAUGAGAAUCAAAUCUGAAAAUGAGCUUCUGACAUUGCCCUCUCUC